ACACAAAUAGCUUUCCCGAUACUGGACCUUCACACACGAAUAGCUUUCCCUUUCACCUGACCGGACCUGGCUUCUCCGAUCCUCUGCCCCUCCACACAUGAAUAGCAUUCCCUUUCACCUGACCGGACCUGGCUUCUCCGAUCACGAAUACCUUUCCCUUUCACCUGACCGGACCUGGCUUCUCCGAUUCUCUACCCCUCCACACACGAAUAGCUUUCCCUUUCACCAUACCGGACCCUGGCUUCUCCGAUUCUCUGCCCCUACACACACGAAUAGCUUUCCCUUUCACCUGACCGGACCUGGGUUCUCUGAUUCUCUGCCCCUCCACACACGAAUAGCUUUCCCUUUCACCAUACCGGACCCUGGCUUCUCCGAUUCUCUGCCAUUUCUUUUCCACGGCAAGACCCACGGCAAGACCUAACGAUCCUUUCACGAUACCGGACAUGCCUUCUCCGAUUAUCUGUCAUUUUUUUUCCACGGCAAGACCCACCGAUCCGACCCAACAGACCGAUCCUCUGCCUCUCCCUUUCCACGGCAACACCCAACAGCCCGAUACCGAUCCGACCCAACAGACCCAAAUCCAAUUCGCUCAAUUUCCACUCUUCCCCAGCCCAUCGCUCAAUGCAACCGACCCAGCCCGUCGAGACCGGCCCAAAGGUUUUUUUAUCAGAACCACAUGCACACAGAGAUAUAGUUUGGAAGGCACAAAGAGAGAGGCCGCAUACCCAUUACCCCAUAAUCGAACAAGUUCAGGAUUUUCUGCAUAAUCUGUGCUUACAGGCGGGUUGAGUGUAAUAUCUGUUGCUAUUUCUGUGAUGUAUGUCCAUGGGCUGUAUUUUUGCUGCUGCAUAAUUUGUUUUCUACAGAACAGGUUCAGGAUUUUCUGCAUAAUCUGUGCUUACAGAGGGGUAAUUGUAAUAUCUGUUACUGUUUCUGUUCCUGUAUUGUAUGUCCAUGGGCUGUAUUGAUUUUGUUGCAUUUUUUUUUUCUGCAGAACUGGUCUUUGUUCCCUUGUAUUUAUGCUUACAGGGUUGUUAUGUGUUUGUACAUGUAUUUCCCUUUUAUCAAAUAUUUACUUUAAAGCAUGUGUAUCCAAUUACAAAAAUGAUAUGGGUAUUUUUUGUUCCUUGAUUUUGAGCUCCACUAGGCUUUUAUUUUAUUUUAUUUUUAUGAGUGCCUCUUCUUGCAUGUAUGGCAGUAGGAAAUGAUUUUGUAAUGAGUCUCCCAUCAUUUGUCCUGUAGAUCAUACAAACAUGUAUAUUCAUGUCCCCAUGUUAAUUCUCUAAAAUCAUAUUUUAGAAGUGAUACAAAUUCUAUUUUCAUGUUUUUUAAAAAGGUCAUAAUUGGAUAUAUUUGUAAUUAAAGGAAUAAAGUAAACAUACUGUAAUGAUGCAGCAAGUGAAUUUCACUGAUUAGAGACAUAGGGAGAAGAGUGAUAUUCAAAAAUAUUGCAAAAAUCAUUCUCAACUUACAUCCUUAUUGGUAUAGUUUUUUACUCAACUCUAUA